UGGCCUCUGCAAUCUAGCCGGCCCACUCGCUCUAGUAGUACUAAAAACAAGCAAGAAGAUAGGACCUGUAUGAGCUGUGUUCUUAUUGAAGGUUGCUGACCAGUCUUCAGGUACUUGGUGAACACCCAAAUUAAUCCGUUCUGGGCGUGCAUAUUGCUGAGAGAGUUCCCAUGAAGCUCUUCCUCCUAGUCGCCUUUCUGCUCACACUGCAGCAGAGGGCAUCUGCAUCUACUUCAUUUUUUCUGUGUGAUUCUGGUGAAGCACUACCAUUUGAGUGGCUCUGUAAUGGUGAACCCGACUGUGCCGAUGAAACAGAUGAGAGUCGCUGCACUUGUAGCCGAAAUCAGUUUGAGUGUCUAAACGGAGACUGUAUAGAGGACAGGUGGUACUGCGACGGGAAUGUUGACUGCUCUGAUGGCUCGGAUGAGAGGAGCUGUGUGGAUACCUCUGCACUUGUUCCCUGUACUUCGUGGCAGUUUCGCUGUGAUAGUGGUUUUUGUGUGCGAGCAGCGUUUGUGUGUGAUGGUGACAACGAUUGCACUGACAACUCGGACGAGAAUAACUGCACUGUUGGCUGCACUGAGAGUCAGUUUACAUGUGAGACUGAGGGAGAGUGUAUCCCUAGCAACUGGCAAUGUGACUCUGAGCCUGACUGUUCGGACGGCUCGGACGAAAUGGACUGUGUUUCUACUACUGAGUUCCCUUGUGGCUUUGGUUUCUUUAACUGCACGACAAUCGGUUGCAUCAAUGUCAACCUGUUGUGUGACAAUUCUGUCGACUGCCCGGCUGACUCUUCCGAUGAGGACGACUGUCCCAAUGGUGGUACGGUAUGUCGUGACUAUGAGUUCCAAUGUGCCGACUCGACUGCUGGCUGCAUCACACGUGACUGGCUGUGUGACGGUGAGAACGACUGCGGAGACAACUCUGACGAAACCGGUUGUGAGGGUGUGUGCACAUACUACCAGUUUGAGUGCACCACUGGCGGCUGUGCUAACGUGACGAGCAAGUGUGAUGGGGUGAUUGAUUGUCUAGAUGGAUCCGAUGAGUUUGUCUGUCCCUACCCCCCUCCAAGGCUUCAAUGUCAAGACAGUCAGUACUCGUGUCGGGAUGGUCAACAGUGUAUCAGCGUGGAGCAAGUGUGCGAUGGCGCUGAGCAUUGCAACGAUGGAACGGAUGAGCUCUCCAGUUGGUGUUCCCAGACUAGUACGUUCGGUUCUUGUGGCUCUGAUAAUGCUAGCUGUGAGCAUUUCUGUCACGAUCAGCCGGGAGGUCAUGUGAUCUGUACGUGUCAAUAUGGAUACCAGCUCGGCUCUGAUGGGAGAUCAUGUUAUGACAUUGAUGAGUGCCAGUACCCGUUCCAGUGUAGCCAUUACUGUACCAACAUGGAUGGUGGCUUCAACUGUUCAUGUGCGGAGGGCUACGUCCCCCACCCCACCAGGGGAUGUAAGGCCACCAUUGGCAAUGCCCAGCUGAUCCUAGCUAACCACGAGGACAUACGAUCACUCCAUCUCCACGGAGACGGCUCUUCGAUCCUCAUCAAAAACUUGCACAAUUGCAUUGCCCUUGACUACCACUAUCGCUAUGGCUACCUGUAUUGGACGGACAUAUCUCUGGACGUGAUUAAAAGGUCCACACUGGAGGGAAAGCACAUCACCACCAUCAUUCAUCAGGACCUGGACAGCCCAGGUGGUCUGGCAGUGGACUGGGUGAAUGACAAGCUCUACUGGACUGACUCUGGCACGCAACGCAUUGAGACAGCUCACAUUGAUGGUAGCAACCGAACUGUCCUCUUCUCCACAGAACUCAGUGAACCUAGGGCCAUCGUGGUGGACCCUGAAGUGGGUUUGCUGUUUUGGACAGACUGGGGGGUGCAGCCUAAGAUAGAGCGUUCAUCAAUGGAUGGCCACAACCGGACAGUCCUCCAUUCUAUCCACAUUAUCUGGCCCAACGGUCUCACAGUUGAUUACGUCACUAAGUCCUUGUACUGGGCCGACGCUAAACUACGAAUCAUCGAGAGCUCUUUCUACGAUGGGUCGAAUCGACGCCCAGUUCUGUUGGAAAGUGUGAGACACUCGUUUGCAAUCACUCUCUUUGAGAACAAGUUGUACUGGAGUGAGUGGGAAACCCGCUCUAUCUUCUCAACAGACAAGGGGGUGGGCCGUCAUGUUCAGCAGCUCAACGACAAUGUGACAGAAAUUGAGACCAACCUCUUUCGACCGAUGGAUCUUCGCAUUGUUCACCCCCUCAGGCAACAAAGGACGCCCAAUCCCUGUGCCCAGGAUAAUGGAGGGUGUCAGUUUCUGUGUCUGCUGAGUGCCUUUGCCCCUGAGGGCUACUCGUGUGCAUGUCCUACUGGGAUUCAACUGGACAGUGAUGGGAAAAAUUGCAAACCUUUGAAUUCAUUCAUCUUGUUUGCUCAUCGCACUGAUAUCCGUCGGUUUUCCUUGGAUACGGAUGUGCCGGCGGAUGUAAUUCUGCCCUUGGUCAACAUGUCGAGUUCCAUGGCUCUGGACUGGGACGACCGAACGGACCAGCUGUUCUGGACUGACAUAUUUCUAGACACCAUUAGUGUGUCAAGGCUUGAUGGUACUAACCAGCGUGUUCUCCUCGUAAACAACAUUGCGACACCAGCUGGUCUGGCGGUGGACUGGCUCACUAACAAGCUCUACUGGACUGACGACUCUGACAGAUCCAGGAUUGAGGUGGCAGAGUUUGACGGGUCAAACAGGGCAAUCGUUGUCCAUGGCAACCUGGGCAAGCCGAGGGACAUCAUUGUGCACCCAACAGCUGGACUGAUGUUCUGGACGGACUGGGGAUCGUACCCACGUAUUGAGAGGGCCCACCUCGACGGCAGUGGGAGGGUAGCCAUCGUCAGCAACAACCUCGACUACCCCAACGGACUGGCCAUUGACUACGAGUUGGAGAGACUCUACUGGUGUGAUGGAUCUGGCUACAUUGAGUACUCCAACUUUGAUGGAAGCAAUCGAGUGUCCAUCAUCAACUCCACCUACAACCAUCCCUUUGGUCUGGCGUUGCACGGGCCCUGGCUCUACUGGACGGAUUGGGCAACCGGCUCUAUUCACCGUGCCAACAAGCUGACAGGGGGUCAGAGACUAGAGCUCAUUGUCAACCUCAACCAACCAAUGGACAUUCACGUCUUCCACAGGAACAGGACCAGACUAGAUACCCAUCCGUGUGCAACUGACAAUGGUGGGUGCAGUCACCUGUGUCUCAGUAGGCCCACUGAGGGGGGUGGAGUGGAGGCCUCCUGCACUUGUCCCACGGGAUACUCACUCAUAGAAGGGGACACUCACACCUGCAAGCCUUAUAUUGAUAACUACCUCCUCUUUGCCACGGGCAACCAGCUGAGACAGAUCUCCCUGGAAACAGCCUACCUAGCCAACGUGGUCCUCCCUGUACAAAACAUUAGAGCCGUAACCACGGCAGUGGUCGAUAUACAAACCGAUUACUAUUACUGGGGUGAUCCUGUAGAGUCUAAGAUAUUCAGAGUGUCAAUGAAGGGCGGUGAACCAGAAGACUUCAUAACCCAGGACAUCUUGAAGCCCGAGUCACUGGCUGUGGAUUGGAUUGGACGGAACUUGUACUGGGCUGACUCGCAGCUGGGCAGGAUUGAGGUGGUCCAGCUGGAGAGACGCAUUCGGCACAUUUUGAUCAACAAGUUGAAGCAUGUGACAUCGAUAGCCAUCGACCUCAAGUCGCAUCUAAUGUUCUGGGUGGUUGCUGGUGAUCCCACGAAGGAGGUGCCUCCUCAGAUAGAGAGAGCUACGAUGGACGGGAGCAAUCGACGCUCUGUAGUCACCACGGGGUUAGAGCAACCUCGCAGCAUCACCGUUGACAACUACUCGGGUGUGGGGGCGAGGAUUUACUGGACAGACUCGAGCAAGGGUACAAUUGAGAGCUCGCACUACGACGGAACUGGACGGACUGUGAUUGUCGAGUACCCUCUGGAGAGCUCAGCCUCACCAUUUGGUAUUGCCCUGUCAGGUGACCAUAUAUAUUGGACGGACUUCACCGCAAAUUCAGUGAACCGUGCACUCAAGGUUGACGGAAGUGAGCAGCUGGUGUUACUGGACAGGGUGGAAUCUCUUUCUGGGAUCACUCUUGUCAGCAAGGUGGAUCUGGACAGGAAAGCGUCCUUUGACCAUGGCUGUGACAGUGAAUGGCAGAGUUGCUCUGACAUAUGUCUCACCAACGUCGCCAUCUCUGUCUUCACCUGUGUCUGCCCCACUGGAAUCAACCUCUUAGACGAUGAAGCAACCUGCAAGACUUCUCCCGAUGAGUACAUUCUAAUAUCUGGUCGCCACUCAAUCCGCCGUGUAUCCCUUGACAACGACGGGGACUUCAACGAUGUGACGCUGGUGGAUGGACUGAGGAAUGUGCUCUCAUUGGACUACCUCCUGACAUCACCUACUGAUGGUAUUAUGCUCUACUCGGACAUUUCCCUGCACACCAUCUACACUGCCAACCUCAACGGAACUGAUGUACGGCCCCUCAUAACAAGUGUGAAUAUGUCAGAGGGUGUGGCAAUCGAUUGGAUCAACCGUAACGUGUACUGGACCGACACUGGGAGCAAAACGGUGGAGGUGGCUAGUCUAGACGGCCGCUACAAGAAGGUGCUGUACACGGAUGAUGUUGACAAGCCUCGGGCCAUCGCUCUACACCCGGCAAAGGGGCUCAUGUUUUGGACCGACUGGGGGGAGACUCCUAAGAUUGAGAAAGGUGUAAUGGACGGCAGUCAUCGGCAAAUCCUCAUCUCCUCUGACAUACAAUGGCCGAACGGUCUAGCCGUCGACCGAGAGAACGAUAGACUCUACUGGGUGGAUGCGCAGUCCGCUACACUCGAGUCAUGUGACUUCAAUGGCAAAUCACGCGAGACUAUCAUUCAAAGUAGCAACCCAUUGAUUUCCUUCCCAUUCGGACUUGCGUUCUUCAGAGGGUUUGUGUUUUGGAGCGACUGGGACCUCCAGGGUCUGUUCCGAAUGAGAGUGGGUGAUGAGCACAGUAACCUGCUGAUUCAGCACUUCCCCCUCACAACUGUCAUGCAGCCAGUCGUCGUCAGUACACAACAGCCAAGAAACGGAGAACUUGGUUUGUCUGGGCCGUGUGCAGUGGAAAAUGGCGGCUGUUCUUAUCUUUGUCUUCCUCAUCAUCGAACACUAAGGACAUGUGCUUGUCCAGACGAUGUCACCCCUUGCACGGAGUUCACUGGGCUUCCCUCUGUUACGCCAGGGUCCCCUAUCACGCCUACCACACCACCCAUCACUACCACAACUGAGACCACACACACUUCUAGUGACAAGACCGACCCCCCUCCCGCUAGAUCUGAUCCACUAAAUAUCGGACAGAACUUUGGGUACACUCUGCCCCUACCCAAUACUCCAAGUCCUGUUCCUGCUAGCAAUCUCACACUCAGCGAGUUGUUCAUGAUCUUAUUCGGAUUUUUCAUAUUAUUCUUGGUGGUUGUGGCUUUUAUCGUCGUCUGCAUUGUCAUCAGGUGCCUUAAACGCAAGAACAAGGCUCCUCCCAGAACUUGCCCCAGAUUGGAAGCAACUAACCCCAACUAUUGCCUGUCAAAGGUUGGUGGACCUGUUUCUCUCUUAAAACUUGAUGGAGAAACCAACAUCAUCGAUACUGCUAAGUCCAAGAAGAUUAUCGGCAACCUCCUGCCUAAGAGACAUAACAAUGACCCCCACAGACGACCACCCACACCCACAAAUGCAAACCUCUUUGUCGACCAACCUGCUGCUGUUUUCAUCAUUCCCGAGCCUCAACGCAAGAAGUGUCCUACUAAAACCCCCACCUCAAAUUCUCUACCACGUCUAGAGGUAUAUUCCGAUGAGUCUCCCUCUCCCCCCAUGCCCCCCAAGCACCCUCGCAGAAAACCACCCCCCAGCUUGGCUCCUUCCACUAAGCAACAGACAACCGCUAGGGCCAGUAAAGAGAGAAUUAAGACUGUCCGCUUUGAUGCCAGCAUCCCCCCCGAAGUGGAGCCCCCACCUCUGCCCAGAAAAGGUCUCCCGGCUGACUCGAAGACGGGCCCAUCAUACCUCCCUAAGGUCAUCAACACCUUUGUCCCCCUCGAAGUUAGAGGCUCCGAUUCAAGCAAUAUGACCGAGUCUACUGAUGUCCCUUCCGAGAUUGAGAACAAACUACCCCUCAGUGACUCCUCCCCUUCCCCUCCCCCCUCAAGCUCUGAAACAGCGUCAGUUGAAUCAGUGUCAAACUGCUAAGAACUUUCACUCAAUAACUCUCAUUCUCAGUUAACAUUUUCUUAUUUUUACAAUGUUGCGUAUACCCGUGUCCUAUAGUUAUAUAGCAGUGGUGUCCUCAUGCGUAUAAUUAUAAUUAUAGAGUUACAUGUUUAAAGUUAUAGUUUUGUGUGUCACAAUGUUUUCCCCGUGUAUACAUACCUGUAUCGUAUUAUUAUUAUCGUAAAGUUGA